AUGUCAUCUGAAUUGGACUCCAGUCUCACCAGCAUUGACUGGCUGCCCCAACUGGGAAUCAGUAGCCUGCGCUCGGGGAAGGAGAGAGGAGGCGGAGGGGGAGAAGUGAAGAGAAGGGAGCGCGUACGGGAGGGCAGAGAGUUCUUACCUCCAGUGCCAGACGCUUCUCACCCAAACUCCAAGGGCAAACCUCCACAUAGUUAUGCCACGCUCAUCGCCAUGGCAAUAGCAGCAGCCCCUGAGAAAAAGCUCAGUCUGAAUGACAUCUACACCUGGAUCAGCGACACGUUUCCAUACUACAGUCGGGCUGGACGCGGGUGGAAAAACUCCAUCAGGCACAAUCUUUCUCUUAACAAAUGCUUCAGGAAAGUUCCUCGGCCACAGAACGACCCUGGAAAGGGAUCAUACUGGACCAUGGACGGACCAGCAGAGGAUGUGCAGACUAGAGCUCCUAAACGGCCUUAUCCUGCAGGAGAGGAUGAAACUGCAGACCACCAAUCAGACCAUGGACUUUCCCCACACCAUCUGCAAACAUCAUACUUGGACCAAAACCUUCUGAACACUCCACUGACCGCUCUUCAGCAACAGUCUCCCCGAUCGGACUCCCUGUCUCCUCCUCCAUGGAAGCAAUCCUCACCGUACAUGAGUGCCCCGAACAUCCAUCCGCCUGCCUCCACAGUGUCCAGCCUGUCCCACGCCUCGGCUUUCCCCCCUCCUCAUCAAACCGCUCCAAACUUCUGCAUCUCGUCUCUGCCUAGCUGCACCGUGGCGUCGGCUCUGUCUUCCAUCUCUUUCCCUUCAGUCCCUGUUUCAAUGUCGUCUUUCUCCUGUCCUGACCCUGGCCCUGCCCUCCCCGCUGUGACUACUGCCCCCUCUGCGGUAGUGUCUUCACCCGCCGGUGGUCCGUCUGCUGUUGAGAUGCCUCUGCGUUUCACCUUCGACGAGCUGAACCUCCCAGACUUGUUCGCUUCUUUCAAAUCGCUGGUCAAGACGAUGCGGGACAGGGGCGGGUCACAGUCAGAUUUUGUUCCUCUGAGCAAUGACACCACUCCGCUCCACACGCCGACCCUGCUGCCGAUGUCGCCUCUCCCAGCACCAGUGCAGCCAGGCUCCAACAGAGGGCCCCCAACCCAGGCUCCAGAGGCUGACCGCCGCUCACACUGCACAGUGGCGCCGGACUGGCUCAGUAACACGGAUUCUCUGAAGGAGAGUUUCCGCAUCGCCAGCAGUUUGGACUGGGCCAACAUAGACCUCACAAGUCAUCCAGACUUGCUGGAGAGUAUGCGGCAGGCGGAGCUUUGUGAUUGGGCGUUGGACCCGGCUCUCUUCACUUCGCUCUGUGACUCUUUAAAUCGCUUUGUCACUCAAAAAGGAAUGCUCAAUAGUGGUAGUAACUCUCCUUUGGCCCUUGGUUCAAACGCCUCUGUACAAGUUUCACCAUUUCCCACACAUGCCACCCCCACCCUGGCCAGUCUCACACACCCCUCACCUCUGUCCUUCUCUGCGGCCACAAACGGAGAUCAGGUCAGGAAGCCCCAGGGGCAACAGAGACCCCAGUUCAUAACCCCUGCAAAUACAAAUGCUGCAGUCCAGCAUCAGCCCAUCGGGCCAAGGCCGCGGCCGCCUCUCAAGAGUCUCCACAGCAACAGCGAGGAGAUCCAGGACGACUUUGACUGGGACUCGCUUAUUGGUUGA